AUGGCAAAGAGGCAAGCAGUGGAGGCGCUCGAUCGAACAAUGCGAGACAUCAUAGGGGUGGCACUCCCAUUCGGCGGAAAGAUAAUGGUUYUGGGGGGUGAUUUUAGACAAGUCUUACCGGUCGUGAGGCGUGGAACCCGAGCACAGAUUGUAGAUUCUAGCUUGCGGAUGUCACCUCUUUGGGCAACGAUUAAAAAGAUACCCCUAACGCUCAAUAUGAGAGCAUGCACUGAUCCAUGGUUUUCGGAAUUUUUAUUAAGAGUCGGUGAUGGAGAUGAAGAAGCGGUGGACGAAAGCUUUAUUCGCGUAGCAGAUGACAUGACCAUUCCCUAUGCUGAUAAUGGUAAGUCAAAAGAUGCGCUGAUUGACGCAAUCUUUCCAUCUCUGCAAAUCAACGGAGCUGAUUUAGAUUAUAUCAUUUCGAGGGCAAUAUUGUCAACUAAAAACGAGAAUGUCAACGAGAUUAAUGAUCAGUUGAUCGACAAGUUUUCUGGAGAUGAAAAAAUAUACUACAGCUUCGACGAAGCAGAAGAUGAUAAGAACAACAUCUAUCCGAUGGAGUUCUUAAAUUCUUUAACUGUUAGUGGUUUGCCUCCUCAUUACCCUUGUCUCAAGAUUGGAUGCGCAAUAAUACUGUUACGAAAUAUCGAUCCCUCAAAUGGAUUUUGUAAUGGCAGUAGAUUGAUAUGCAGAGGCUUUCAACAGAACGUCAUCGAUGCAGAAAUAGUUGUUGGUCAGCAUGCUGGAAAGAGAGAAAUAUUUAUGGAUGAGUGCAUCACGAAAAGCAAACAACAGUUCGAAUAUACGGAUGAACAUUAUUUUACGAACGACUAUAUCCACACAUGGGAAAAUGCAUUGCCUGUCAAAAAUGUGGAAGGAYAGACCAUCUUACAAAAGAUUGUCGAAGGAGAUCGUGUUUUGAGUGUGGAAGUGUGGAUCAUAUGCGAAAUGAAUGCCCAAGAAGGARGCAAAGACCGAAUUUUGACCAAGCAAGACCCGCUAAUCCAGGGAAACCAGGAGGUCAAGUGCGGGGACUAG